AUGCUUCGUCCCAGUCACCUCGCAUUGGCGCUUACGCUUUCCACCGCUGUCGCCGCCAGCGAAUGGCACAAGUGUCCGCUCUUCUCGCAUGUCGGCAAUGAGACGUACGCGGUCGACAACUACCCGCGCUAUAGCAACGCCACGGCCGAGUGCCUCGAACUCCAAGUGCCAGUUUGCUACCCAGGCGUCUGCACGAGCGACAAGACGCUCAGCGUCUUUAUCAAGCGCAUCCCCGCACUCCACCCGACGACGCCCAGCAAAGCCGUGUGGCUGAUGCAAGGCGGCCCCGGCGCGCCGUCCGAUGCCAUGGAAAGCUCGAUGGUCGGGAUAUUCGCAGCCGCCAACGGCACGAUGAGCCUCUACACGAUGGACCAUCGCGGCGUUGGCCGCAGCUCGCCGCUUUCAACCCACUGCCCCGAGCUGCGCGACGAGAGCGUCAUGACUGAGGACACGGCCGUUGCUGCUGCCUAUUCCAACUGUUUUCAAAAGCUCAAGGAUCGCUAUGGCGCGGACGCGCCCAAGGGCUUCUCGGUCACGAGCGCGGCGACCGACCUCGCGACGAUCAUUUCGAGUCCGCUGCUCGCUGCGGACGAUGUUUACGUCUACGGCGUGAGCUACGGCACGUACUUGGUCGAACGACUCAUGCACCUCGCACCCAAGAACGUCAAGGGCUACGUCCUCGAUAGCAUGCUGGCCGAGAGCCCGUUGAGCACGUACAGCGACUGGGACCGUGACGUGGCCACUGUCGAAAAAACCUACUAUGGCCUCUGCGACCGCGACCCCGUCUGCUCGUCCAAGAUUGGCCCCAAUUCGAAGCAAUUUGCUUUUGAUUUGUACAAAAAGCUCGACGCCAAUGACACGGCAUGUGCCCAGACCAUCUACGCGGCCAAGGGCCUCCCGUCCGACUUUCUCGGGAGCAUGUUUUCCGGCAUGAUCACCAGCUACACCCAGCGCAACUUGAUCCCGGCCAUCCUCUACCGCCUCUCGCAGUGCGUCAAGGACAUUGGCACGCAAGACCGCUUCCUCAACGGCCUGCUUGGCUCGCCCACGGACGAGACGAGCGACGACCGCGGGGACAUUGUGCCGGGCGACACGCAGACGGGCGAGUCGGCAACCGACGACCUUCUCUACAACAACAUUGUCUUCAACGAGAUCUGGGAGCUGCCGUCGCCGUCAUUCAAGCGCCUCCGCGACGACGCCACCAAGAUCUCGUGGCGCGGGUCGCCUAGCGACGUCACCAAGGUCAACCUCUUCAAGUUUUGCGCGUUCCGUGGCCACUCGGACCCCGUCUGCCACGACCUGGGGCUUGACGAGCCAAAGCAAACGUUCGCGUACGCUCAUGACCAAUACUGGAACAAGACGGCAGCGAUCCCGGCCGGCGCGAGCGCCCUCUUGCUCUCGGGCGGCAUUGACAUUCAGACGAUCCCAGAGUACGCGGUGAUUGAGAACACAACGAUGGUCGGCGACAAGAAGCUCCUUUUGCAGUUCCCGUUUGGCGGCCACAGCAUCAUUUCGACGACGCCCACCGAUACCAACCGUUCCGCGAACACCUGCGGCAUGGACAUCCUCAACAUGUACCUCCAGUCGGGCGGCAACCUCAAGGCCAUCAAGACCGACUGUAUGGAAAACGUCCAGCCCCUUGAUUUCACGCUCAUCCACGACGAGGCCAAGGCCCUCGAGCUCUUUGGCAACACGACCGAUCUCUUUGGCGAUGAAGAGCGCCGUGUGCGGGCGGUCGUGCAGAGCGAAAUCGCCAAGGCGGACGCCAAGCACAGCACCGAGACGAUUGCGCUCACCGGCGGCUUGGUCGCGUGCGUGCUUGCCGUCAUGGGCAUGGCUGUGUACGUCAAGAAGCAGCAGCGCGCGCUGGCCAAGGACAAUACGGCGGCGGUCGAGUCAGAAGUCAAGGACGCCAAGGAAGAUAACGCCAAGGAGGAAUCCGCCUCGGACGACGCUACGGUCGCCCAGGUCUAA